AUGUCCAAGCCAACCAUUGGCUUCGUCGGCCUUGGGGCCAUGGGCUUUGGCAUGGCCACCCACCUGGUCAAACAGGGCUACACGGUCAAGGGCUACGACGUCUUCCCCAAGUCGGUCGAGCGCUUCAAGGAAGCUGGCGGUGUGCCGUGCUCCAGCUUGGCCGAGUCGGCUGAAGGCAGUCUGUACUACGUCUGCAUGGUGGCGUCCGCGCCCCAGGUGCAGGAAGUGCUCUUCAAUGAGCAGACUGGCAUCGCGAAGGUCCUCCCCCACGGCGCCACGUUCAUCCUCUGCUCAACCGUCCCGUCGACGUACGCCCAAUCCGUCGAAAAGGAGCUGAAGGCGCGCGGACGCGACGACAUCUACUUCAUCGACAGCCCCGUGUCCGGCGGUGCCAAGCGGGCGGCCGAUGGCACGCUCUCGAUCAUGGCCGGCGCCAGCGACGCUGCCCUGGAGAAGGGCCGGUUCCUGCUGCAGGAGAUGGCCGACACGAGCAAGCUGUACCUCGUGCCUGGCGGCAUCGGCGCCGGCAGCAACAUGAAGAUGGUACACCAGGUGUUGGCGGGCAUCCAUAUUCUCGGCGCCAGCGAAGCCAUGGGUCUGGCGGCGCGUCUGGGCCUGGACGCCCGCACGACGGCCGACGCCAUCAUCACGUCGGACGCCUGGACGUGGAUGCACGAGAACCGCCUGCCGCGCAUGCUGGAGGAGGACUGGAACCCGGGCGCGAGUGCGCUGACGAUUAUCCUGAAGGAUGUGGGCAUCAUCACGUCCGUCGCGCGCCAGCACCAGUUCCCCACGCCGCUCUCAUCCACCGCCGAGCAGACCUAUCUCACCGGGCUGGUUUAUGGCUGGGGACCGAAGGACGACUCGGCCAUGGUACGCAUGUACUACUCGGAGCCGAUCACGCAGGUGCAGGUGACCAAAUCGCCCGAAGAAGUCGCCCAGGGCGUCAAGCUGGUGACAGACCUGAUGAAGUACACCAACAUCGCCGCCGCGGCCGAGGCGAUCGCCUUUGCACGGUACCUGAAGGUGGACAUGCAGCAGUUCUACGAGCUGGUGGUCAACGCGGCGGGCGCGAGCAAGAUGUUCGCCACGCUGGGUAAGACGAUGAUCGAGGGCAUCCCGACGGGCGCUGCGCCGGCCGGGACGCAGAGCAUUGACGACGUGGUCCGCGAGCUGUCGGCGAUCCUGCAGCAGGCGCGCGACCUGUACUGCCCGCUGAACCUGGGGACGGAGGCGCUGAAUCUGUUCCUGCUUGCGCAGCGCGCGGGAUGGGGCAAGGAGGCAAGUACCAGUGUGCUGAAGGUGUGGGAGAGUUGA